AUGUCCAGCCCUUCAGAAUCUCCGUCAUCUCCAUCGUCAGGCUCAAGCUUGCCACCACAGGUGAUUCAUCCAGAUCAGUUGAUGGAUUGGAAGGAGUGGGAAGGAUGCAUGAGGAAGAUACAAUCGCGUGGACUCACUCGCUUUUUGAAUCGUUACGUGGCUACCAAACGAACGGACAUCGACAAGUUCUUAGUCAACCUCGAGCUUACAAUCUCGAUCGCAAUCAACGAACAAUCAUCUGAUGAUCGAGACGAAGACCUGAACAAAAUCCAAGCCCUUGUCAGGCUAGAGAAUUCAAUCCUCAAGUACGUGAAGGCACGCAAAAAGCUUCCCGAGCUCAAUUCCAUCGAUGAUGCAGUUUCUUUAAUCCAACGAGCCAAAAAAAUCUUGAUCUUGACCGGAGCCGGAAUUUCCACUUCAUGUGGCAUCCCGGACUUUAGAUCUGAGAAUGGUCUAUACUCCCAGCUAGAAGAUUACGAAGGCUUAGAUGAUCCACAUGACAUGUUUGAUCUGAAAUUCUUUAAGUCAAAUCCAUCACCAUUCUACAAAUUCCUCAAGACCAUUUUCCCUUUUUCAUCAACCAGCAACAGCAGCACUAACGGUGCAAGCACCAGGUCCGCAUCUUCUCCACCGGCCAAGCCAAUUCUUCCAUCCGAUUCUCACCGGUUCAUCAAAUUAGUGGAAUCUAACUCAAAAUUAUUGAGGAAUUAUACUCAGAAUAUAGACACUUUGGAAAUGAGAGCUGGUGUCAAGAAUUUGAUCCAAUGCCAUGGCUCAUUUGCCAAAUUUACUUGUCUGAAGUGUCAUGCCAAGUACCCAGCGAGUCAGUUUGAAGACUUGAUCGCACGAGGCCACGUGAUACUUUGUCCGACAUGCAGUAACCCUGAGACUACCGAGGCCUGCAAACCGAACUCGCAUAAGCGCAGAAAAACAGAUUCUUACAAGUUCGAUGCCCCAUCGUCUGAUGAUGAGCCGGACAUUGAUUGGGUUAACUUGGGACUCAUGAAACCAGAUAUAAUAUUUUUCGGGGAAGGCUUACCGGCAGAAUUUGACGAAGCGAUUGAGAAUGACCGGUUCGAAUGCGACCUGGUGAUAGUGAUAGGGACCUCAUUAAAAGUGGCGCCGGUGUCGGAAAUCAUCAAAUUCGUGCCAGUGGAAGUGCCUCAGAUCUUGAUUAAUAGGGAUCCGAUCUACAACGGGAGGAGAAAGACGUGUCCGAUUCCGGGCGAGGGGAAGUUCGAGUACGAGGGGGACGAGUUCGAAUUCGAUAUCUGUCUGUUCGGCCAAUCUGACCUGGUCCUGCGUGAACUAUCUCGACGACUCGGUCCUUCUUGGCAAAUAGCUCAUCCCACAAAUCUUCCUGGAACCUCGUCUGACACAGAUGGCGGUCCUGCAAAUGCUCUAUCGGGUCCACCAGAUCAAGCAGAGGAUCCAUCGAGCAGUAAAGGGAAGCAAGCGAGUCAGUUUACACCAUUUGGUCAGCACAUCAAGCAUAUCUGGCUGUUUCCCGGCACCAAUGUGAACCAUUCGUGGUUCGAUAGAUGGAGGCUGCUGGAGCAGGCUGGUGAGAACCCCGCCAGCGAUCCUCAAGAGCUCAGUAGCUCCGAAGAUUCCGACUCUGGAGCAGCACAGGAAGAAGUCCACAGCCCGGCUCAGAAGGAUCUGGGAGAGAAUCUAGACGGUCAGAUUCAACCAGCAAAGGAAGAACAAGUGGGCGACUCCAUCCGCUGUAAAGAUGAGAAGGAUCCUUCAAUCGAUGCUGCUCUUGUUGGCCGGAUUGGCCACGCAACUCGGGCCGACCUAACCGCCGAUAACGAACCUCCAGCUCCCCUCGGAGAGGGAGACACGGAUACUGACCAAGCCAAGCAAACAUACCAAUGA